UGACCGGACUCCAGACACUAACACUCUUUGCUUCCACGGACACGCCCACAACAUCGCUAACGCACACGCAUCCGGAAUAAAACACUUUGAAAUCCGAUUAAAAGUCGCAAGCUCGUCGCAGACUUGCCAUUUCCGGGUGUCAACAAAAUUCUUCCGGGAUUUUUUCCAACGGUGAAAAAAGUGGGAGUGGCGGUUACCUUUUGCAUUAAAUAUGAACCGCAGCCUGGAGUUUAAUAAAGCGAUCCGGGUAAAAGCUCCGAUGUAAUAAAAUUGUUAAUAGUGACCGGAUUCGAAUUAUUCGAGUUUUAAUCGGAGAGUUCAAGAUGUUUGGGACGAUUGUUUGGCUUGUUACGGCCCUGCAAAUACUAGUCGAUAUCUGCAUUGGUCUCCGCCUCACCAACAUGACAGCCCCCGCGUUGCAGGACCCUCGCAAAGACAUGGAACUGCAUUGCAGGUUCGACAUGGGGGGCGAGGAGCUCUACGCUGUCAAAUGGUACAAAGACGACCACGAAUUCUUCCGUUACACCCCAGCUGCAGCUGUCAGUAUCACCCAAUUUCCCGUAGAUGGGGUGCAUGUUGAUGGGCAAAACAGCAGAUGUAUGCCCGAAGGAUGCGAUCUCUUGCUGAAGGAGUUGUCCAGACCCCAGAGUUCUGGGGCUUAUCGAUGCGAAGUUUCGAGCGAAGCGCCGGCGUUCAGACUUGCCUCGCAGACGCAUAACGUCACUGUUGCAGCUCUUCCUGAAGAGCGGCCUAAAAUCGAGCACCUUCAGGACAGCUACCUCCUCGGCGACGAGCUCCGGGCCAAAUGCACUUCCGGUUUCGGCGACCCUAAGCCAACCCUGACUUGGUACUUGAACAAACAGCCCGUUUCCGGUAAGCUGAUCCAGGAAUUAAGCUCCUCACCUACAAAACCGUCAACCGACCGAAUCCACCUAAAAAGCACAAUCAGCAUACUAUCUCUCCACUUGGACAAAAAAAUCGCCCAAAACCGGGCUAGAACGCCGCUGGAAAUCAGUUGCGAAUCCUCCAUCGAUGGUAUAAACCAAGCAGUGGCACCACCGUUGACCACGACGAAAACCAUCAUGGUACUCGAUCAAAACCAAAUUGUCAACAACCAGAAAUUGCAUUCGCCGUAUUCGGGGGGCUCCAAAGUGGCGCAAAAAGUGGCCACUGUGGUUUUGUUGGUAGUGGGGGCGAGGUGGUGUUGAUGAGUUGGUAAGAUGAGAUGGGUUUUUUGUUUAGGGACUUUCUUCAUUUUUUAUAAUGUGUCUGUGUUUUUUAAUGAUGGAAAUCAUAUCACCGAUCCUCUGUAGGCACUAUUUAUUAUUAGACCAAAGUUUUUCGAUAUUAUGAUAAUAAUGUGAUACAGGACUCGAAAAAACUAUGGUUCUGUUUUGGCUCAAUGUUUUUUUAGGAAAUCAUCAUUGUUAGACUUUUCUAUUAUUCAGGAUGGUUGUGAUGCGAUUUUUUAAAAAAUGUUAAGUUUAAGACCUGUGUUCCAUAUUGAACAAGGGAUGUCUCAAAUUGCAAAAACUGAAAACAUCCAAAUCACAUAUUUCAGUUUUGUAAGAAUGUGGCUGUGAAGAAAUUGAAAUAUUCAACAAUUUUAAUUACAAAAAUGCUUGAAAAAAUUGUAUUAACAAAAUCAUCUUCUCCUCUUUGUACUGUGUUUUUGAUCCAUAUAUGGGGUGAUUUAAUUAAAAUAAUAACCAUUGGUAACUUUUUAGGUGUUACAAAUAUAUUUUUUUUAAUUUCAAAAACACAUUUAAACAGCAACAAUAGUGACUAGAAAUAAAAAAAAUACUACAUAUUUCAGGUACCUACUAUUUUAUUGAGUCCUUUUGGAUUGUAUCCAAAAAAUAAAGUUUUUGUUUUUAAUUCAUAUAUGUUUUAUAUACAGGGUGGUUUAAUUAAAAUAACAAUGAUGGUGAUAUUUAACGGGUUGUGCUAUAAGAGUUUUGAAAAUUUUGGAACACAAUUUGACAACAAUUGUGAGAACUGAGAUUAAAAUAGGGAGCAAAAACUCUAAUAUUGCGAAUUAUUUCAAAUGGCGUCUCACUUCCUAUUUUAACCCAGAAUUUAGUAAUUUAUGAAUAUUUUCAAAGUUUGCAUUUGCACAUAACAAAAAUUAAUGCAAACUACGGUUUGUUCCAUAAAAUAAAAUUUUGAAAAUAGUUAAUAACAUAUUUAAAAUUUGAUAAUUCCAAUAGUGGCAUAUACAUUACUUAAUUUAAUUGAAGCUGCUGAUAAUUCUUGCUCCGUA